AUGCAAAACUUCCAAUGUACCGACGUUCGAGACAGACUAUUCGGCGUUCUGGCUCUUGUAGAAUGGGGCCGCGGUAAACCCGUUGUGCCAGACUACGGAAAGGACAGCUACCAAGUCGCCAUCGAGGUACUACGCGUAUAUCUCGAGAAUCCGGAAACCGAACCAAUCUCUGGAAUGGCCGUUGAGUGGCCUCGUCGACUAUGGAAAAUAUUCCACGUCAAAAUUGAGGAGCAGGCAAAAGCGGCGAUGCUCAAAAGAAAGAAUGGCUAUGGAUGCCGGGACCUUAUAUAUGGUGACUCACACCUUAGAGCCAUGAUCAAUUCUCUCCUCAACGAUUGCAAGGUAUACAUCCAAAGUCCGCCAACGAGAUAUCAAAACUUUCGAGGUCAUCCAAGAGACACGUGGUACGGAGUGAAGCUGCUCGACACCAAACGUGUCAGCGGAAAUGUGCCGAGUUCAGGUGGUCUACAGUCGUAUUACCUCUCCUGUGAAGCGAAACUUCUUGAACAUUCGCCCGAAUCUCAGCUUCCACUUGUGAGGAUUGUGGAUCAAGACAAUAGGUUGUUCGCAUAUGCACCAGCAGAUACAAGACCGAAUGACUGGCUCUUGAUCAGUGAAGCAGGCUCCUUGAGCGACAAAAUCCCUGCCAUGAUAGUAGUCAAGAACACAGAUCGUAACUAUGGCAUCUAUUCCAUACUUGGGCAGGCUUCCAAGAACUGUGAAUAUGACAAGAUCAUAUUGCCCUUCCUCAAUUGGAGGUACUUCGGAUCGCACUGGUACUCGGAAGACCUAUUUCUAUUUGACCGGAUGUAUGUCUAA